UCGGAAGCCGCCGCGGAGAGGUCUUCGCGGCGGUGGAGGACGCGCGCGCGCUUAGACUAGCCAGAGAACGCGGCCCGCGCUCGUCGUCGGCCAGGAGGGCGGCGCGAACGUCGGGGUCGGGGACGCCGAGAUGUCGAGCGAACAACCACGACGCGGGCCGCGGGAUGGUGCCGGCCCGCGGGACGACGCGCGAACGACGGACGCGCCCCGCGUCGGGCCGCUCGCGGUGACCGCGACGUGCGCGACGCUCGUCCUCGCGAUGCUAGCGCUCGCGAACGUCGCCGGCGUCGUCGCCGCGCUCGACCUCACCCCGGGGGCGCCGUCGGCCGCGCGCGCGGAGCUCGCGGAGGCGCCGCGGCUCGCGGCUCGCGACGACGAUUCGCGCGUCGCAGAGCCGUCGCGUCGCUCUCCUCCCCGCGCCGCCGCAUUCGCCGCCGGACGACGCUCGCUGCUGCAGACGUGCGCGCCCGGGACCGCGCUGUCCGGAGGCUCGUGCGUAGACUGCGGCGUCGGGACCUACGCCAGCGGCGUCUCCGCGCUGUGCCGGUUCCCGGACGUCCCGUUCAGCUGCUCGACGACGCUCAAUCCAGAGCAGGUGCAAGACGCGUACGGGUUCUCCGACGUCGUCGCCGCGCAGUGCGCGUUCAACACGAAAACGUCCGGCGCGGCGUUGAUCUCGAACGACCCGGGGACGUGUAACUUCGCGGGGACGGCGUCGUCCGUGUGCACGCCCCAGGCGCUCAUCGACGAGGACGGUGUCGUCACGCACAAGAUGACGUGCGUGAUCACCUCGGAGAACACGGUCGUGUUGGGCGGAUGCGAGCAGCUCAUCGCCGGCACGACCGUGCAGUGCACGUGGGACGGCGGCGAAAACCAGUGCACGACGUGCCCGGCCGGGAGCGCGUGUCAGUCCUCGAACACGAUCGAUCCGCCGCCGUGCGCCAUGGGAUACGAGUGCCCGGACGGUACCAACGCGAACGCGUGCGACGCGGGAGAGUACGGCCCCGGCGGCGCGCCGAGCUGUCUGAACUGCCCGAACGGGACGAUAUGCCCCGCGAUCGGUUGGAAGACCCCGCAGGCGUGCCCGGCGGCGACGUACUCGGGGGAGGGCGCGAUCGCGUGCGUGAGCUGCCCGGAGGGGCAUCAGGCGCGUUCUAUGCAAACGUGUUUCACCCAUCGCUCGGUUUCAACACGUGAUCGCGUCCCCUUUCAACUGACCGGUGAACAUUUUCUGUAUGAUUCAGUGUCCGACUGCGAACACGGAGUGGCCGAUCGCGUGCACGGCGGGAUACUACGCGGCGGCGUCCGCGACGAACUGCAGCGCGUGCGACGUCGGACAGAGCAGCGAACCCGCGAGCGCGGCGUGCUUCACGUGCCUCGCCGGGACGGCGUGCGCGACGACGGCGACGGCGACGCCGCAGAUUUGCGCGGCGGGGUAUUACUCCGCCGCCGGCAGCGCGUCGUGCUCCGCGUGCGCGCCGGGGACGUACCAAGACACGCAGCAGUCGGAGAGCUGCGACGCGUGCCCGGCGGGGACGCGGUGCCCGCUCAGCGCGAUCAGCAGCCUCGCGAACUUUUACUGCAGCGAGGGGACGUACUCGCGGUGGACGUUAAACGCGAGCGCGUUCACCGCGUCGCCGUACGACCACGCGGAGACGACGCGGCAGCCGACGCUCUCGGAGACGGGCGACACGGUGUGCAACGCGUGCCCGGACGGGUACACGUGCCCCGCGCCCGAGCUGUCGCCGGUGCUGUGCGCGGCGGGGACGUAUCGGUUGGGGAGCAACUACACCCACUGCGUGGAGUGCACCGCCGGGAGCUCGUGCGCGACGCCGAACGUCUCGCCGACG